UCCUUCCUCCUCCUCCUCCUCCUCCUCCUCCUCCUCCCCUCCGCCGCCCCCUGCCCCUCCGUUUGCCGCUGCGCCGGGGGCCGCGUCUACUGCAACGACCGGGGCCUGACGGCGAUCCCGGAGGGGGUCCCCGCGGGGGCGACCACGCUCUUCCUGCAGAACAACCGCAUCGGGGACGCGGGGAUCCCCGCCCGCCUCGCUCGGCUCUCGGCCCUCAAGGUCCUUUACCUGUACGCCAACGCCUUGGAGCACUUCCCGGCCCACCUGCCCCCGGCGCUGCGGGAGCUUCACCUGCAGGAGAACAACGUCCGCGGGCUCUGCCGUCGGGCGCUCGCCCGCGCCCCGCUCCUCGAGCGCCUGCACCUGGACGACAACUCCGUGUCCGCCGCCGGCAUCGAGGAGGACGCGUUCGCCGAGAACCGCCGCUUGCGGCUCCUCUUCCUGUCCCGCAACCACCUGAGCAGCGUCCCCCCGGGGCUGCCGCCGGCCCUCGAGGAGCUGCGCCUCGACGACAACCGCAUCCACACCAUCCCCUUGCGCGCCUUCGAGGGGCUGCCCGCGCUGCGCCGCCUGGUCCUGGACGGGAACCUCCUGGCGAACCAGCGCAUGGCCGACGACACCUUCAGCCGCUUGGGCAACCUCAGCGAGCUCUCCUUGGGGCGCAACGCCUUGGCCGCCCCCCCGGCCAACCUGCCCCGCGCCCGCCUGCGCCGCUUGUCCCUGGCCGCCAACGCCAUCAACCACGUCCCCGCCGGCUCCCUGGCUCGGAUGAGGGCCCUGGAGCGCUUGGACCUGUCGGACAACAACCUGACCACGCUGCCGCGGGGGCUCUUC